UGUAAACACUGGCGGGGGAGACCCAGUGAAAAAGGCGCCUCAUCUUUUCUGGGCAGGGAGCCGCGUGCGGGGGCUCUCGAGAUGUGCCGUGCGGGUGCUUAGCUCUCUCCGGAGAGCCUGGAUGAAUCCGACAAGGGCCUGCCGAGGAAGCGAGACUCGCCCGCCCUUUCUUCCUCGGAUGGGUUUUAACCCUGGGGACUAGCGGGAUGCCCUAGCCGGCUCGGCCACUGCGGCUCCUCCGUUGGCUUUGGCGCUUGCCCUUCCAAACGGGGCGAUGGAAACGAAUAUGAAGAAGUUCACGGUGCGCAGGUUCUUCUCCGUGUAUCUCCGCAAGAAGUCUCGCUCGAAGAGCUCGAGUCUCAGUAGAUUUGAGGAAGAAGGUAUUGUGAAGGAGAUAGACAUCAGUCAUCAUGUAAAAGAAGGUUUUGAAAAAGCAGACCCAUCACAGUUUGAGCUGCUGAAAGUGUUAGGGCAAGGCUCCUAUGGAAAGGUAUUUCUAGUGAGGAAAGUUAAAGGAUCUGAUGCUGGGCAGCUCUAUGCAAUGAAGGUACUUAAGAAAGCAACUCUGAAAGUUCGAGAUCGUGUACGAUCAAAAAUGGAAAGAGACAUUUUGGCAGAAGUGAAUCAUCCUUUCAUUGUAAAACUUCAUUACGCAUUUCAAACAGAAGGAAAGCUGUAUCUAAUACUAGAUUUUCUACGAGGUGGAGACCUUUUCACCAGACUUUCCAAAGAGGUUAUGUUUACAGAAGAAGAUGUAAAAUUCUACUUAGCUGAGCUGGCCUUGGCUUUAGAUCAUCUCCAUGGUCUUGGUAUUAUUUACAGGGAUUUGAAACCAGAAAACAUUCUUCUAGAUGAAGCAGGACACAUUAAAAUCACAGAUUUUGGCCUGAGCAAGGAAGCCAUUGACCAUGACAAGAGAGCUUACUCAUUCUGCGGGACAAUAGAGUAUAUGGCCCCAGAGGUGGUCAAUCGUCGAGGACACACCCAAAGCGCAGACUGGUGGUCCUUUGGUGUCCUAAUGUUUGAAAUGUUGACGGGGUCAUUGCCAUUCCAGGGGAAAGACAGAAAGGAGACAAUGGCUCUCAUUCUCAAAGCCAAGCUAGGAAUGCCACAAUUUUUGAGCAUAGAAGCUCAGAGUUUGUUGCGAGCUCUUUUCAAGAGGAAUCCAUCCAACAGAUUAGGUGCUGGCCUCGAUGGAGUUGAGGAAAUAAAGCGACAUCCUUUUUUUGCUACUAUAGACUGGAAUAAGCUGUACAGGGAAGAAAUCAAGCCACCUUUUAAACCUGCAGUGGGACGGCCAGAGGACACCUUUCAUUUUGACCCUGAAUUUACCUCACGGACACCAACAGAUUCUCCAGGUGUCCCUCCAAGUGCCAACGCUCAUCAUCUCUUCAGAGGAUUCAGCUUUGUUGCAUCCAACUUAGUGCAGGAGCCUGCACAGCCAGAGCUGCACAAAAUCACAGUUCAUCCCAUUGUCCAGCAGUUACAUGGGAACAAUAUUCACUUUACAGAUGGAUACGAAAUCAAGGAAGACAUUGGUGUUGGCUCUUAUUCAGUAUGCAAGAGGUGUGAGCAUAAAUCCACAGAAGCAGAGUUUGCAGUGAAGAUAAUUGAUAAAAGCAAAAGGGACCCCUCUGAAGAAAUUGAGAUUCUUCUGAGAUAUGGACAGCACCCAAACAUCAUCACCCUCAAAGAUGUCUAUGAUGAUGGGAAAUACGUAUACCUUGUAAUGGAGCUGAUGCGAGGAGGAGAACUCUUAGACCGAAUACUUCGACAGAAGUGCUUCUCAGAACGAGAGGCCAGUGCUGUUCUUUGUACCAUUACCAAGACAGUAGACUAUUUGCAUUUCCAGGGAGUGGUUCACCGAGAUCUGAAGCCUAGCAAUAUUCUGUACAUGGAUGAGUCAGGUAAUCCAGACUCCAUCAGGAUCUGUGAUUUUGGAUUUGCCAAACAACUGAGAGCUGAGAAUGGUCUGUUAAUGACACCAUGUUAUACAGCCAACUUUGUAGCACCUGAGGUCCUGAAACGGCAAGGCUAUGAUGCAGCCUGUGAUAUCUGGAGCUUAGGGAUUCUGUUGUACACCAUGUUAGCAGGAUUCACUCCUUUUGCAAAUGGACCAGAUGAUACCCCAGAGGAGAUUCUGGCCAGAAUUGGCAGUGGAAAAUAUGCGCUUACAGGAGGAAACUGGGAUUCAAUAUCUGAUGCUGCUAAGGAUAUUGUGUCAAAGAUGCUUCAUGUAGACCCCCAUCAGCGCUUAACAGCAGCCCAAGUUCUGAGGCACCCAUGGAUAGUAAACAGGGAAUAUCUAUCCCAGAAUCAGCUCAGCCGGCAGGAUGUUCACCUGGUAAAGGGAGCAAUGGCAGCCACCUACUUUGCUUUAAACCGGACACCUCAGGCACCAAGGCUGGAACCAGUAUUGUCCUCCAACCUGGCCCAGCGGAGGGGGAUGAAAAGACUGACCUCAACGAGGUUGUAGUGGUCCCAAAGAAUGCCUGGUUAAAAAAGGAAAAACAUAUGUUGAUCAGAGAGGCUGAUCUAUAUUGCUAAUUUUGCAGGACUUUGGACUAUUGGCACAUAAAUUGCUACAAUUAGCAGAACUCCAGCAGAAAGCAAAGUUAUCCUUUGCUUUCAGAUUCUUUUUUGUUGCUCUUUUUUAUAUGUAUAUUAAUGCCAAGAUCUGAGUUAGCAGUUACUCAAAGAUGUUAUUUGCCAAUUUUUCAACUGCUGUAUUGCUUCUUAGUUAAGUGUAAACUGCAAAGAUCCUGUUCUCCUUUUCUCCAAAUGCUAUUUUUGGAAUCUUUUAGAUGCUCUGUAAGACCACUUUUUGUAAGCACUUUUCAAUAGAAAAACAAGUAGUUUUGGGUUUAGAGGUUAAUUCUACCAGCAUUUGUGUUAUGGUGCAUUGUCAUAGCUAGCAAUUGAUAUAGCUACCAUCAUCAGCUGCAGCAAAGUUCAUCUCCAAAGAGCUGAAUGUGAAGAGACAUGUGAUGCUGUGAAAUCAAUGGCUACUCAGAGUGAUAUUUAACAUGAAAAAAAAAGAACUGUUGUAGUAGUACUUGUUCUGCUUCUCAGAAAAGCCCUCUUCAUACAUUUGGUCCAUGCAGAAAUGAAUGCAUGGAGGGGAGAUUGUAGUUGUACCCACUGGCCCCAAUAUCCACACAUUCAAGGGCCUCAUUUAAACUGAGGGACUAUGCAUAUAUUUUAAUAAUGAACAAUCCAUAUCCUGAAAAGAUUGAUGGCAUGGAACAUGCCUACAGGAGCCUAUGAGAACAUAGAUGUAAAUGAAGGGGAGGUUGGUCCAUUAGGGCACUGCCCCACUGACCUCAGCCUGCUCUCACCUGCCUGCCUUUUUACUUACAUCAUCCAGAGGGUGGCUCUGAUUGUCAGCUUCCUCCUCCUUAGUCUCAGUGUUGCCCUUGUACAACUCAGCAGGGAAGAGGUUGGGGACAAAACUAGACUUAGUUGGCUCUGCCUGUCAUUGGAUCUGGCUCCACCUACUGUUGGCCUCCCUGCCUUCCACCCUACCAGUUCUAAUGGGCACCAGGCACCACUGUGAACAUGUGUAGGCUCUGUGCAAAUAGAGGGUUUUAUCCAAUGGUAGUCCUACUCAGAAUGUAGGCCCACUGAAGACAAUUGACAUUAUUAACUUAGGUCCAUUAAUUUCAAUGGGUCUACUCUAAGCAGAACUAAGUUGGAUACCACCCAAAGCCUUUGAGUAUACGGAGGUUAGUGUCAGGCCCAGGAUGUGACUCAGGAACCAGACCAGCGGUUGUAGUUAAUUCGUGUUUUAUUAGGGUAAUGUCCAAACAAAGACUGCGUUUUCUCAUGAAGCAAUACAGGGAUACAGGUCCUGCAGCAUUGGGAGAAAGUUGACAGAGCAAGGGACUUCUUCCCGCCUGUUCUUUAAGAAGGGGCCAAACGGGCGCGCAAUCUUUAGCUCCUCCUUAACUGCCCCUCAGGUACUGCCCGCCUUCCCCCCUUCUCUCCUGUCUUUUCAGCUGUCUGCAUGUGCGCGGUGAGGGGGGAAGCAUCACCCCCUCCUCUUCUGAAGUUUCCGAUUCCAGGAUGGGGGAUAGGGGAGGGGCUGAUGGUAAACUGCCUCCCCGCUUUUCGGCUGUGAGCAGCCCUCCCUCUUCCCCCUCUUGCUCUGAGCCUGAAAGAGGGGGAGGCGUGAGAAUGUCCAGGGAGGGCUCAGGCUCCCCGUUGCUAAGCGACCUUAUCACUGGCAGUUCCUCUGUUUUGUCUUCGCUCCAAAGGGGGGAAGUUCCUCCCCCUUCCCUCUGCCAUCCAUCCGAAUACUCUUCUCCCAACUCUCCGGGAUCCAGCUCCCCGGGAUUGGGACCCCAGCUCUGCCUUCCGACAGUUAGAGUGGGAUAGCAGCCAUGAUCUCCCUUCGAUGUGUGAAUGAAUGAAUGCAAGAAGAAUGCUUUCUAAAGACACUAUACUAUGUUACAAACUUUCCUACUUUUAUCAAACUGAUAAAUCUUUUGUUCCCUUGUUCAAUUUAAAUUAACAGCUCAUAAUGCCAGACAAUUAUCUACAAGACAAAAAUCACCUUGUCUGUGACAGGCAGAAGGGUAAGAAACUGUUGGAGAAAUUUUAGUAAGCAAAAUCUGCAAUAUUUUCAGAUGUAAACAAAAAUAGGCAUAAUGAUGAUGAUGACUAAGUCUUUCGCAACAUUUCCUUACUAUAUUGGCUUCUGUUGAGCAUAUAAAGUGAUUGACAAAAAUGGACACAUUCCACCUCCUGCUGAUAUCAAUGGCAAGCUUUCUGCUGGUCAAUUAAUCUGGAUUGCACUCAUUGACCACAGCCCAACACAAGCAUGCUUAAGCCAUUAGAAAUCAGUGGGUUUAUGAGCACUCAGUUCUGAGUUGUAUUGAGGCCAUUAUUUUAAGCACCUGACUUUUGUUUUUAUAAUGGAUUUUGACAUCUUCCAAAGCUGUGCAGGAAAAACCAGCAUGCUACUUUGUCUUUCAUUUUCUCUUACAGGGGGGGGGGGAAAUGUGAAGGCAGAAUAUUGUAUCCUGUAGAUUAUAUUUCUUUUGCUGAGAGAUGAGGCCAUUCUGAUUCUAAACACAGUUUACGAGAUCCAUGUCAAUUAAGCCUGCAUGUGCAAGAGAACAAAAGAUUGCAUUCGCUAUUGUAAUGUUCGCCUUAGAGUUUGUUUCUG